GGGAUUUUUCUUCUUCUAUCAAGGGCGUGCGCACUCCCGUCAGACCGUGAACGCGAGCCUCAUGCGCGCUCUCGUCUGAAGGCGAAUGCAGCAACCCAGGAAAAAAAACAAGCAAGCAGCGGCGGAGAGACGAGACGGGCACGGUUUACCUCCACUCACACGACCACGACGGACCCUCACGCCCUGUCGGCUCGUGUUAGCGUUAAAGACGGCUGAGGGCAUUCACGGGCAACAACAAUAGGAUGCAGUGUAGACUCGGCUGGUGACUGGUCUGCAGGCUCUCCACUUCUCUUGUCCCCGGGGUCAGCCAGUUGGGGGGCGGAUUCCUGCGUUCCCCUUCUCUAGAUCUCUGUCUGGACAAAACCAACUGGCCGCCAUUGGAGUACGCGGCUCAUCCUUGCCCGUGUUGCUUGGAUCAGCUCAGCUCAUCUCCUGACUGAGGAGAGCGCAGCAGCUGCACAAGAGUUGCCUUCUACCAGCAGAUCCUUCCUGAACACCGCCCACACUUCCCCCGUCGCCAUGGUGCUGUCACAACGGCAACGAGAUGAACUAAAUCGAGCGAUAGCCGAUUAUCUACGUUCCAAUGGAUAUGAAGAAGCAUAUUCCACUUUCAAGAAGGAGGCGGAAUUAGAUAAUAAUGAAGAAUUGGAUAAGAAGUAUGCCGGCCUUUUGGAAAAGAAAUGGACCUCAGUCAUUAGAUUACAAAAGAAGGUGAUGGAACUUGAAUCCAAACUGAAUGAGGCAAAAGAGGAGAUCACCCUGGGUGGGCCCAUCACUAUGAAGCGCGACCCCAAAGAGUGGAUCCCACGGCCACCAGAAAGGUACGCGCUGAGUGGCCACCGCAGUCCAGUCACCAGGGUCAUCUUCCACCCGGUCUUCAGCGUCAUGGUGUCUGCUUCUGAGGAUGCAACAAUAAAGGUGUGGGACUACGAGACAGGAGACUUUGAACGCACACUGAAGGGCCACACAGAUUCGGUGCAGGACAUCUCUUUUGACCAGACCGGCAAAUUGCUAGCAUCCUGCUCUGCAGACAUGACUAUCAAGCUGUGGGAUUUCCAGGGCUUUGAGUGCAUCCGGACCAUGCACGGACAUGACCACAAUGUUUCGUCUGUAGCCAUCAUGCCCAAUGGAGAUCACAUCGUUUCUGCCUCAAGGGACAAAACCAUAAAAAUGUGGGAGGUGGCAACUGGCUACUGUGUGAAGACCUUCACAGGCCACCGGGAGUGGGUCCGUAUGGUUCGGCCCAACCAGGACGGCACACUGAUUGCCAGCUGCUCCAACGACCAAACGGUGCGUGUGUGGGUCGUGGCCUCCAAAGACUGCAAGGCUGAGCUGCGGGAGCACGAACACGUGGUGGAGUGCAUCUCCUGGGCACCAGAGAGCGCCCACCCAACCAUCCAAGAGGCCACAGGCUCCGAGACUAAGAAGAGUGGGAAGCCCGGCCCGUUCCUGCUGUCUGGCUCCAGAGACAAAACCAUCAAGAUGUGGGAUGUUAGCAUUGGCAUGUGCCUUAUGACACUGGUUGGCCAUGAUAACUGGGUGCGUGGAAUCCUCUUCCACCCUGGAGGCAAGUUUAUUGUGAGCUGUGCAGAUGAUAAGACCUUAAGGAUCUGGGACUACAAGAACAAGCGCUGCAUGAAAACCCUGUGUGCCCACGAACACUUUGUUACCUCUCUGGAUUUCCACAAGGCUGCUCCCUACGUGGUCACUGGGAGUGUAGAUCAAACAGUAAAAGUGUGGGAGUGCCGCUGAUUUGGACCUUGGAGGAUUGGACCACCACCCCCAUUUACCCAGGCGCUUCUCUGGAUCCCUCCUCCCCCUCCUGCCAUCCCCCCACCCCCCUUCAUCCCCCGUCUCCCCUCACCCUAACCUAAACCUCAUCUCCACAUCAUCUCCGGCUGCACUUACCACCCUGGUUAUUUACCUAUCGCGCUCUCUGGUCCAAUAACUAUUGUCAUUCUAUGUAAAUUAUUCCUGGAUGUAGAUCGAGCUAUUAAAUGUUACACAAAAAAGUAUUCUUGCAUGGUAAUCCAAAAUUGUAUACUGUAAAUUUACAUAACGUCUAGAAGUACCAUAGGUUUACCACGGGGCUGGCCGUCUGUCACGCAGCCUUACCGACCAACCGAAGGCAGAUGUUUUUGACUGGGUGUAAAAUGUAGGGCACUAAAACCCCAAUAAUUUAAGAAAUGACAGUGUCUUUAUGUGUAAGAUUUAUUUUUGUCUAUUUUUUUAUUUAGGAUUUUUUUUCUUUUCUGUUAUUUCUCUCCUUCACUGUCGUAGUCUGUUGGUGCCUAGCUUGGUGAAACUUUCUGAGAGAUGAGGCUGGAAAGGCAUAUAUGAUGCGAUAAGAUACGAUUGUCUGUGGGGCUUUGUUAUUGAAAUAAUCUGUAGCUUUAUAACAUCACUUCUCAAGUGUGCAUACCAUUUCUCUUCAUGUGGAACUAGGUAAUAUUUUAAUGGCUGUAUAUAUAUACGAAUACUUCGAACUGUUGUCCUUGGACCACGGGGGCUUAAAAAAACAGCUUUGUACUCUUGUCAUGGUGGCACAUGAACCACUGCUAGGCUUUAGAUAAAUUAUCCCAUUUAAUGAAUCUGCAGCGAGGAAUGAAAAGUCAAAAUGUAUAAAAGUGGCUUUGUGAGUAACCAAACUUGAGUUCCUCACAUGAGGCCCAACGUAGAGAGAAAGUCUGUUUGGCUUCUGCGGUCAGUGAGCGCUCUGGGUCACAGUAUCACCUGGGCAGAGUUCAGGGAUUACACCUGAUUCCUCUCCAGUACUUGACCUUUUGGUGUGUCUCCUGUUAGGAGAUGAUUUCCUGUGACCUUGCAUGUGAGACUUUUGUUGAACUGAAGCCUCUCUCCACUUCUAGUCCCCUGCUUUUGGCGGGGUUUCGGUGUACCAUAGGAAUUAUGUAGAGCCAGAAGAUGCUCAGUUCUCCCAUGGCGCCUUUGAAGGCCACAAAUGGCAGCAUUGUGUAAAAUAAACCCGCUAAAGAGAAAAACAUAACGGCAUGAUGAGGAGUCAAAGUGAGCCCCCCUGGGUUUGGUAUCUGGGAUGUGCAAAGAUCUCUAAUUUCUGAGGGGUGAAAUAUGUUCUGCAUAAUAAAAAAAUAAAAAAAAAGUUUUGAGUAAAAAAAAUAAAUUUAAAAAAAAUCAGUUUUCUGUGAAAAUAUGAAAUGUAAAUUUAGCUUGUUAAGAGAUUUGGCAAUUUUGUAUUAUCGCACUAAAGGAUGAACUGGAUGGGAAUUUAGGAUUAGUGUGGAAAUGCUAGCAGCAGACAUGCUAGGUGAUCUGUGGAUGCUGUUUGUCUGUAGAGGGGUCUGAUGCUGAGGUUUUUGUGUUUUUUAAAGCGCUCCUCAUUGUAAAAAGAGGCUGUGGCAGCUCCUGGAUCAGACUCUCUGUAAGGGGGAGAAUGCAAAAAGCCUGAGCAGCGAGCAUCUCUACAGGCAAACCCCACA